GAAGUACCCCUCGGUACCUUUGUCACUUGCCAAUGUCCCAGCUGACAGCUACCCCAGAAAGCGCCCUGGUGGAUGUGCCUGUGCACAUUCGGGCAACAGGCCUGCCUCCAUCACAACUGGUGACCCUUACAGCAUCUCUGAAAGAUGAGAAGGGGUCGCUGUUUCAAUCCAGAGCCUUCUUUAGGACAGAUGGAAAUGGUGAGCUGGAUCUCACACGGGCUCCUGCUCUUGGAGGUGACUAUUUGGGAGUCCACCCCAUGGGCCUCUUCUGGUCUUUGAAGCCUGAUAAAAUGUUCCGGAGGCUGAUGAAGAGGGAUGUGAUAAACACCCCCUUUGAGAUCACUCUGGAACUUUAUGAGUCAGGUUUCACCCAAAUACCAGAGACGCCCACGGCCAGCAUUAAAGUGAAGCGUUGGUACUCAGCACCUGGAGUGCAGCGGACCCAGAUUCGAAAGGGAAGAAUUCGAGGAGCAUUUUUUCUUCCUCCAGGGGAAGGACCUUUUCCUGGAAUCAUUGAUUUAUUUGGAGGUAUUGGGGGUUUGGUUGAAUUUCGAGCCAGUCUUUUGGCCUCCCAUGGCUUUGCAGUACUAGCAUUAGCCUAUUUCAACUUUGAAGAUCUGCCUACACAACUUUUGGAGAUAGACUUGGAAUAUUUUGAGGAAGCCGCAAACUUUCUGCUAGCACAUCCUAAGGUUCAAGGACCUGGCAUUGGAGUAGUAGGCGUGAGCAAAGGUGCAGAGAUUACCCUAGCCAUGGCCUCUUUUCUGAAACAAGUGGAAGCUGCAGUCUGCAUCAAUGGGCCCACUAUUGCCUCUGAACCAUCACCGUACAGGUACAAGGAACUGGUUGUCCCAGCUUCAAAUUUAAAUUAUGAGCGUGUGGAGUUUAAUUCAAUAGGAGCUAUGGUCUACCGCAAUGUCAUUUUGAACCCCCUGAAUGAACACAACCAGAGUUGCGUUAUUCCUCUUGAAAAGGCCCAAGGUCAGCUCCUCUUCAUUGUAGGAGAGAGUGAUGGAUGCGUCAAUAGUAAAAAGUUUGCCGAGGAAUCCCUGGACCGGCUGCGGCUUCAUGGAAAAAGCAACGGAAGGAUGCUGGCAUACCCUGGGGCUGGCCAUCUCAUAGAGCCCCCCUGGUCGCCCAUGUGUUAUGCUUCUUGGAGCCCUGGAUUUCCCUUUCCCCUGUUCUGGGGAGGGGAGCCUGAGGCUCAUGCAGCAGCUCAGGAACAUGCUUGGGCAGAGGUACAGAAAUUUCUCAGACAACACCUCACUGGGACCAAAAGCAAGCUCUGAGCAAGGGCUAUGGAAGACA